GGCAUCGGGUAUAUGCUCGGUCUUUCCGCGGCCAGAACUCACCAUCUCACCGGUUCUUCUCACGGCGAAAUAUCCCUUGACUUUUAUAACUAGUGUGUAACAGUUACCACUCAUUUCAUGCCCCCGCGCCGACGGCCUCCUGCGGGGGCUCGGACAGACCUCCCGCCGCUGAAGAUCGUGCGGAAGAUUGCUAUCUUACAGCUUGCCUAUUAUGCCUCCGCGACGGCCCUGAUCUUAUUUACCACUCUCGUCUAUGGCACCCCAUUUUCCCUAGACUUGGUUCUGAGUUGGGACUCACUGAGAGGAGAUACCACGAUUGGAUGGAUGCUGGGGUUGGUGUGGAUGUUGAAUAGUCUUGCGGGGAUAAUCUUUCUUCUACUCCUCGUCGUUCGGUCCAAACUCAUUCCUGACUUUGCACUCACUAUCCACUUCCUCCAUCUUCUCGCGACGUCCCUUUACACCCACUCCAUCCCAUCCAACCUGCUUUGGUGGGGUCUUCAGUUUGCCAGUGCUUCUCUAAUGACCUUUGGUGGUAUCUGGGCCUGCCAAUGGCGGGAACUCAGACCGAUCAGCUUUGGCGGUAUAGCUGGUAGCAGUGCUGGGCAGUCAUCUGGAAGUUCAUCUCAACCGCCGGCUGAUAGAGGCAGUCCGUCCAGAGGAAGAGGCCGGGAACGCAGCUUGCAGGGUGAAGAUGGUGAGUAUGAGAUGACUGAAAUGAAGGGGGUUGGUGAGCAAGCGGUAUAGCUUUCUUUCGGGUCUCCCCUUCUUCGAUUGUAUCCGGUUCCCCUCUCUUUCUCUUAUAUUUUGACGUUGAUGCAUGACCGACUUACAUGCGGAUUUCUAUAUGUUUACAAUUUUUGUAUACCCUAGCUGGUUGGCACCUGUAUAGAUGGCGUUCUGGUUCGAGUAUCAUCCUCUCAUCUUGCCGAUGUGUACAUUUCAUGGUCUUACAUUCUGGCGACAUUCAAGGGCUUGUGCAGGCACAUUGGUAUCUAACAUCCUGUUAUUGAAUCUUUAUGGCCUUUUGGGAUGGCGUCACGUCAUAGGGACAUGGGACGUCCCAAACAUGUAGAGAGUAG